CGACAGACCACGGCGGAAAAAGCUGGGCUAUACCAUCGUGGGCGCGUGACGACGUUGAUCGAUCGUGUCUCCAGGCAGCCUUCCUCCACGGUAGCCUGCCGGCUACUGACUAGUUGUUGUCCGCCAUCUUCCUGCUUUUAUACGCCCCACCUUCUUUUACUUCGGACUUUCUCUCCAACUUCUUCCCCCUCCCGUUUCCGGUUGGCAUCGAUGCAUAUUCGAUCUUAACAACAUGCCCAUCUUAGGUGACGCGGAAACGAUCCGCAUCCUCGUCUCAACCGAUAAUCAUGUCGGAUACAAUGAACGGGACCCCAUCCGCGGGGAUGAUAGCUGGAAAAGCUUCCAUGAAGUAAUGUGCCUGGCCAAGGAACACGACGUGGACAUGGUGCUCCUGGCAGGGGACCUCUUCCAUGAGAACAAACCCUCGCGGAAGUCCAUGUACCAAGUCAUGCGCUCCAUCCGCAUGAACUGCCUGGGCGAUAAGCCUUGUGAACUGGAGAUGCUUAGUGAUGCUAGCGAAAAUUUCCAGGGAGCAUUUAACCAUGUAAAUUACGAAGAUCUGGACAUCAACGUGGCUAUCCCCAUCUUUUCGAUCCAUGGGAACCACGAUGAUCCGUCCGGAGAAGGGCAUCUGGCCGCGCUGGACCUUCUGCAGGUAUCGGGUUUGCUUAACUACUACGGGCGGACACCCGAGUCGGAUAAUAUCCAGAUCAAGCCGGUCUUGCUUCAGAAAGGACGCACCAAGCUUGCCCUUUACGGCAUGAGUAAUGUCCGCGAUGAGCGCUUGUUCCGCACGUUUCGGGAUAACAAGGUCAAGUUCUACCAGCCCUCAAUCCAGAAAGACGACUGGUUCAACUUGAUCUGUGUCCACCAGAACCACUACGCACACACCGAAACGGGCUACUUGCCCGAGAAUUUCUUGCCCGAAUUUCUGGAUCUCGUCAUCUGGGGGCAUGAACACGAAUGUCUGAUCAAUCCUCGGAUGAACCCCGAGACCAAGUUUCACGUCAUGCAGCCCGGCUCGUCGGUUGCGACCUCCUUGGUCCCCGGCGAAGCAGUGGCCAAGCAUGUCGCGAUCCUCAGCGUCACAGGUCGGGAGUUCAAAUGUGAGCCCAUCCGCCUCAAGUCCGUUCGUCCAUUCGCCAUGCGCGAAAUUGUUCUUUCCGAGGAGAAAGGCGCGCAGAAGCUCGCCCGCAAGGAGAACAACCGAACGGAAGUCACCCGCUUUCUCAUGUCGAUCGUCGAGGAACUCAUCGAAGAAGCGAAGGCGGAAUGGCUGGAAAUGCAGGAAGACCAUGCCGAGGAUGAGGAGCUAGAAGUCCCGCUACCACUGGUGCGACUGCGCGUUGAGACUUCCACGCCAGACGGGGGCACAUAUGACUGCGAGAACCCCCAACGAUUCUCAAAUCGCUUCGUGGGCAAGGUGGCCAACGUGAAUGACGUCGUUCAAUUUUACCGCAAGAAGAAGAACGUCACACGCACCAAGGAUGCGGAUAAAGACCUUGACGAGGCGGCCGUUUCCCAUCUCUCUGCUCUGGACACCGUCAAGGUCGAGCAGUUGGUGCGCGAUUUCCUCUCCGCGCAGUCUUUGACUAUCCUCCCACAGAACUCUUUCGGCGACGCGGUCGCUCAAUUCAUCGACAAAGAUGACAAACACGCUCUGGAAAUGUUCGUCAACGAGUCGCUCGAGAGCCAGAUCAAGCAUCUGAUGGCUCUAGACCGCGAAGACGACAUGGACGAAGACGAAGCUGCCGAGAGCUCGUUACAAAAAGCCAUGGACAAGUACCGCUCGCAGAUGGAAGACAUGUUCUCACAAGGCAUCAAAAAACGCACACGGGGCAAGAAGCGAUUCAAACCGAAGCCCGAUGGCUGGGACACCGAGUUUGAUGGCGUCUGGGAGGACCAGCCGGGUGCGCUCAUUCACUCCGACAACGAGGACGGCGACCCCAACGCAGACAUAGCCGGCGAGGAUGGCACCGAACCCCCAGCUCGAACCACAUCCACGCGCGGUCGGGGCCGCGGCCGUGGCGGCAGAGCCACCACCACUACUACCAGUACACGUAAAACCGCCACCACAAAAGCAACCUCCACUACCGCAAAGAAAGCCACUCCCUCCAAAACCACCACCACUAAAGGCCGCAAACGCUGCACCGUCUCAGACGACGAAGAUGAAGACGACGAUGUCAUCAUGGUAGACGACAACGACGAUGACGAUGACGCCGCUCUCCCCAACAUAGACGAAGAAGAAGAGGACGACGAUGACGACGACUCCCAAGCCCUCUUCGUCAAGCAACCCACCACCCGAUCCCGCAGAACAGCAGCACCACCCUCCUCCAAAGCAUCCAGUGCCCCCAGCCAGCGCCGCAAAGCCCCAUCUCCUGCACCUUCAUCGAAUACCCUCGCCGCCGCACCGGCUACGCGCCGCACCAGAGGAAAGCAAACCCAAACCCAGACCACGUUGAAUUUCGUGGGCUCGCAGACCAGCGUGCGCGGUACGGCGGGUACUCGAUCUACGCGGGCCACGAGAGGGACGAGUGUGAUCAGUGAUAUCGAUGAUGAUAGCGAUGGGUUUGAACCUAUGGCGAGUAGUGCCAGACGGAGGUAAAUAUUUUCGUGUUGAUCUACUAGUGCAUGUCUACAUAGGAGGUUGUUCUGAGAAGUUGAUUGCAUUUCAGGCGUUGAUGGUACGGGAUACCGGGACUAGAUUGGAGUUGG